AUGAUGCUGCUACAUUUACGAUCUCUUCGUUCUUGGCUCGUUUCAAGCGACCAUAGCUUGCGUGUCACUGUAAACAGUAUAUUUUGGCUCAGUUGCUUACUGGGGCUACUUUUCGUGCAGUUCAGACGGCUCCUGAAGCGACUAUUGCGCCUUGGUCGCAUCAAAGCACAAAAGCAUGAUCAAAUCGUGCAUCAUCUUUGGAAUAUCUGCUUCUACACUACCGCCACCGUUUUUCUGCUUCUGUACCAGAAGUUUUUAAUACAGCCCGAGAUGAUACGAGAAAGCGGAAAGUUUUUCCCGCAGUAUUUAAACGCGAUUUUUGCCACGGCCUGCGAUUCUGCCAAGUUCGAAAUCAUCACAUUAGUGCUGGUGUCGUUCAAGGUGAUCGGCACCGUAGCGAAACUGUCGAACGGGGAUUACUCGGUGGCGUUCUCGAAUGCCCUGUGCUCCACACUGCUCUUAUGUUGUCUUGUGCUACGCUUGGAGAACUACAGCAUACUACUGAACAUGUACCUUGCAAUUUACUACACUUUUGAAGAUACUUUUAUGCUGUACGCGUCGCACACGUCCAUCAUAGGGGACGUUAAGUUGACCUUUUUAGUUUUGCUGAAAUGUUUCACCUGGUGCUAUCUUUUCCUCAAUUUGCUCCCCUUCGAGUUCCUUAUACCUACGCUGUAUGCUCGCCAUGAGCUGUUUUCGCUUAAACUGUGCUUUUGGUUAUGGUAUUGCUCGUGCGUAUGGAACUCUCCUUUACUAAAAUUGCUGUAUCAUAAAAUAUAUCAUCCGCAUCCCAACGACUGUGCGGGCGGAAACUCUGCCCAACGUUGCAUUCUGUCUACCGACUGGCAGAACUUUCGACAUUUUCGCAACCUCAAACAAGCCUAUUAUGAGUUGAACCAUCAAGAAUGGAAGAUAGUCAUCCCUGCAAGUGCAUCAGAAAGUGUAACAUUAACAGCGUUCCAAACGAUCAAAUGCGUGGUUAAUUUAAAGCGCAAGUUGAAGCGGAUACGCGAAAAGAACCAGCAGCUGGCAAACCAUGAGGAGUAAGAUAGCACCUGAGUAACACCAAAAACAACUGAUCUCGAAGAUACAAUCCUGCUGCAACUCCUGUCUCUCUUCCUUCGCUAUCUUGCUGCAUGCAUUCCUGUUGGAGAAGAAUCAUCACAGGAAGCUAGAAGGCUAGAUUAUAAAACCAUUCUAAGGCAGAAGCAAAGCAAACAUAACUUAUUAUUAUUUGUUAGAGUGGAAAGAGGGAAACUAAAUUCGAAGUAACAUAUCUCCGGUGGAGGGAGAAUAUUGAUGAUAGAAGAAAAAGAAAUCUUCAACAAAUUAUGAGUACAUCUUGAAUAUAAUAUUUGG